AAGAAUAAUUUGGUUAUCAAAGCGACACGAGAGGGCAGAAGCGUACAACUAAUUUAGUGUGAUAUAUAUGUGGAUGUGGAGUAUGCUUCGUCACCAAUACUUGCAGUAAGAAAGCUACACAAUAGCCAUGAAUUCAGCGAGUAAGGUUGGUGAAAUAUUCACCGCUGCUGGUGCAGCUUUUAACAAACUUGGUGAACUGACAAUGCAGUUACAUCCUACAACUGACUCGCCAGCUGGUAAAUGGACUGACGAGGAAAUUGAAAUGCUUCGUCACUCAGUUAAGACAUUCAGCGAAGAUUUACACAAAAUAAGUGAUCACAUCAAAGGGCGAACGGUAUCUCAAAUAAAGACAGGCUUGAAGAAAAAAGUGUUUGAAGAAGCGGGUGUACCUAUAGCAAAUAGACAACCGGCGCAGCAAAAUAUUCAAGUAAAAAAACAACCUAGUGCUACAACUAAUCAAGGAUUAAUGAACACAUCAGCUGAAGUAACAUUAAACAUGUUGAAUGCAACUGAAUCAGAAGUUGACGUUGAAGGACUUCCCGAAGAAUGUCAAGUUAAAUUGGAAUUCGAGGGAGCUACUGAAGAAGUAGCUUCUUAAUUAUGCUUUCUUCAUUAAUUAAUUUAUAAAGUAUUUUAAAUAUCCGUUAUUUUUAUACUCGAAAAUUGACGAUAAGAAGAAGUUAAGUAAUUUUAAAUGUAAUAUUAUAAAUUCUUUUAUUGUAAGUGUCGGUAAAUUUAUAAGUAAAAUUAU